GCUAUGGCCGGAAAUUACACAACUUCUGGAAAAGUCCAAAGCCACAGGGCAUUAUAUGGGAGUGAAUCACAGUGCCAACAUCACCACUAGGUCAUGUAUAAAUACCUAGCAGCGGACAGCCCCACUGCGCUUCAUCCACUCUGAAGAGGCAAGAUCCACAGGGAGGUUUGUACUGCAUCAGUCGCUUGAUAUAUGAGAAAAAGUGAUGAUGAAAGUCAUUGGGUCAAUAGUGGGCCUUGCCCUGCUCCUGGUCUCUGCUCAGUGUCUACUGCCUCCAUCCAAGGACGAUCUAAGCCAGAUUUCUCUCCUCGGAAUGAAGUACCUGGACAAGCAGAUAGAAAAUGCUAUCAGUGGGGUGAAGGAGAUGAAGACAGUGAUGGAGAGGUCUGGAGAGGACCAUGAGAAGUUCCUGAGUGCCCUGGAGAAAACUACACAGCAAAAAGAGGAUGCUCUGAAGGCAGCUCAGGAGAUGGAGACGAAGCUGAGUGAGGAGCAGGAGGUGUGUAACGGCACCAUGCAGUCUCUGUGGGAGGAGUGCAAGCCCUGCCUGAAGAACACCUGCAUCAAGUACUACUCCAGGACCUGCAGCAGUGGCGCUGGACUAGUCGGCAGACAGCUGGAAGAGGUUCUGAACAGGACCUCUCCAUUCUCCAUCUGGAUCAACGGGGAGAACAUGGAUGUUCUGGAGCGAGAGGACCAGGAGCAGAGCUGGAGGUUCCAGAAUCUGGAGGAGCGCUACUCCAACGUGGCCGAUGGGGUGGACAGCAUCUUCACUGACAGCAUGAGGGUGUUUGACCACAUGCGCUCCCUCAACCUUCCCAUGUUCCCCAGCCCCUACCGCAUGCCCAGCAUCUGGGGUCAGGGUGAGAGGGCCAAUGAGAGAGCAAAGGCGGGCGAGGUGCAUUCCCGUGUGGUCAGGUCCCCUCUGAAGGACCCAGACUUCCACGGGUUCCACAACAUGUUCGCUCCCAUGAUGGACAUGGCCUGGAAUAUCUUUGGCUCCAUGGGGCCUUUCAUGGAUGCAGAUGCUAACUUUGACAUCAAUCCCUCAGAGGAGGGGAGUGUGAAUGAGGAUGUUGUUGUGACAAAGCCUUCCGGUAUGACCUGCAGAGAGAUACGUCGCAAUUCUGCUGGCUGCAUUAAACUGCGAGGAGAGUGUGAAAAAUGUGUAGCGAUCCAGGAUAUUGACUGCUCUGGGAAGAAGCCUCUGACUGGUCCUCUGAAGGAGGAGCUGGAGCAGGCCCUGGCCAUGGCUGAGAAGUUCACCCAGGAGUACAACAAGCAGCUGAGGAGGUUUGAGGAGAAGAUGUCUAACACAUCCAGCCUGCUGGACCUGUUCAGCAAGCAGUUUGGCUGGGUGUCUGCCCUGGCCAACAAUACCAACACCAAGGAUGGAAUCUUCAAGAUUGAAACAGUCAUGUCCAAGGACACGGAGGACCCUGAGAAACCAGGGGACACCAACGUGUCUGUGCAGCUGUUUAACACCCCUGCCAUGACCUUCAGUGUGCCUGGAGACAUUACCUGGAACGACCCGAAGUUCUCAGAGGUGGUGGCACAGGAGGCCCUUGACCGCUACAAACAGACAACAGUAGUGGUGAAGUAGACAUCUGGAGGGCACCAAUGUUCAGGACAAUUUCACAAGUCAACUAUAAGAGAAGAGAAUAGAAGUGAAAGCUACGUCCUCAUCAUUGUUGAUAUUACAAGUUAUUGUAUUCCUAUGUUCUGUGUAACUAGAGUUCAUCCUGCUAUAAAAAAAACCUAACUAGAAAUGGUGCACCAAGUCCUGUUGUCUUGAGGAGAAAGAAGAAUAUAGUACUAAUGUUACCCUUUGAGUAAAUCUUGCUCACUGAUCCUUGUUUCAAGUGAA